ACCAUGAUUCCACUAAUAUUUGUGAUCGCAUUUCAUAAUUUUUAUGGAUACUGUCAGUUAUCUGGAAAAGGUGAUGUUGGUCCUCAAAUGCUUGCAGAGAUGAAAGAAACCAAUCUUGUGCUGAAAGACGUCCGGGAACUCCUAAAACAACAGAUAAAAGAGAUAACAUUUUUGAAAAACACAGUAAUGGAGUGUGAUGCUUGCGGACUUCACACAAAAGCCACUGGCCUACAGAUUGCUGUUACAGCUUUUGAAAACGGAUGUGUACCUAAUCCCUGCUUUGCUGGAGUUACCUGCACAAAAACAGGAUCUGGAUUUACAUGUGGCACAUGUCCGCCUGGCUAUUCUGGAAAUGGCACACACUGC